CUUACGCAUUAUUUAGACACAAUCAUCUCAACUUUCAAUUUUAUUAUUUUCAUUCCCUACUCUCACGCCAGACUCCCGAGUCCCGGCACAACGAUGGUGCAAGGCAUAACAGGAAGUGAGCUUGCGAAGCUUAUCAAAAGCGCUCAAGUCCCAGACAAAGAUUACCUUAUCAUAGACGUCAGAGAUGAAGAUUGGAAGGGAGGAAAUAUCAAAGGCUCUCGAAAUUACCCAUCUCAAAAGUUCCUGUCGGAGGUUGACGACCUUAUCGAGCAGACCAAGGAUGUACCGAUUUUGAUCUUCCAUUGUGCACUGAGCCAGGAGCGCGGGCCAAAGGCGGCCAGAAUUUACGAAGAAACCCGCAACGCCUUGCAUGACGCGAAUCACACUGUGUAUGUGCUUCAAGGGGGUUUCCUCCAAUUCGGGCAGUCGUACAAGGGCGAUCCAGAGUUGGUGGAAAACUGGAGAGAUAUCAUUUGGUAGAACCAGCUGGGGUCCUGUGUUGAUGAUAGGAAAUCUGUUCGAAAAGGACAAGCGCUGCCCUGUAUGCCUGUCAGCUCGCCUCGCUUUCGUCUGCCGCCUUGUCUUUCUGCUUGAUAAAGCGUUUCGGCAUUUCUUCGACCACUUUUUGGAACUUACGUCGCUCUACUUCGAUAUUCCUCUGGCAGACAGUCCUUUGCAAGUCGAUCGGUGGAUAUAUUUGGUGUGAAUUGUUCG